GUCAGAGAGCCCACGGCGGCCCAGCGCACGGAAAGGCUGUGUACUCAGCAUACAUGUUGUGACAUGGAAUGUGGCCUCGGAAGCCCCCACUGUGGACCUCAGUGACCUGCUCCAAGUGAACAACCAAGAACUGGACCUGGACAUAUAUAUCAUUGGUUUGCAGGAAAUGAAUUCUGGAAUCAUAAGCCUUCUUUCUGAUGUUGCAUUUGAAGACCCAUGGAGCAGUUUCUUCAUGGAUAUGCUCUCCCCUCUGAACUUUGUCAAGAUUUCUCAAGUCCGUAUGCAGGGGCUUCUCUUACUGGUCUUUGCCAAGUAUCAGCAUUUGCCCUACAUCCAGACCAUCUCUACAAAAUGCACUCCUACUGGCCUCUACGGGUACUGGGGGAACAAAGGGGGAGUCAACGUGUGCCUGAAGCUUUAUGGCUACUAUGUGAGCGUCGUCAACUGCCACCUGCCUCCCCAUAUGUCCAACAAUGACCAGCGCCUGGAGCACUUUGACAGAAUCCUGGAGAAUCAGACUUUUGAGGGAUAUGGUAUCCCCAACAUACUGGACCAUGACCUCAUUCUGUGGUUUGGAGACAUGAACUUUCGAAUUGAGGACUUUGGGUUGCUCUUUGUUCAGGACUGUAUAACAAGGCAGUGCUACCGCGAGCUGUGGGAGAAGGAUCAGCUCCGCAUUGCCAAAAGACAUGACCCACUGCUCCGGGAGUUCCAGGAAGGCCCGCUGCUCUUCCCGCCCACCUACAAGUUUGAUAAGCACUCCAACAACUAUGACACCAGUGAGAAAAAACGCAAACCUGCGUGGACUGACCGCAUCCUGUGGAGGCUGAAGCGGCAGCCCCAGGUCAGCCCCUUGGUCUCCAGUCUGCCGACCUCCUACUUCGCGCUGACACUGAAGAGCUACAUCAGCCACAUGACGUACAGUAUCAGUGACCAUAAGCCUGUCACUGGCACCUUCAGCUUGGAGCUGAACCCGCAGAUGUCUGUGCCGCUCAUCACCAUGAUGCCCGAGUCCCUCUGGACCAUGGAGAACGACAUGUUGGUCAGCUACACCUCCACCCCAGAAUUCCUCAGCAGCCCCUGGGACUGGAUUGGACUCUACAAGGUAGGGAUGCGCCACAUUAACGACUACGUGUCCUAUGUCUGGGUUGGCGACAACCAGGUCUCCUGUGCUGACAACCCAAACCAGGUGUACAUCGACAUCAGUGACGUCCCUGACACUGAGGAUCAGUUUCUCCUCUGUUACUAUAGCAACAACCUGAACUCUGUAGUGGGGAUAAGUCAACCCUUCAAGAUCCCACAUCGAUUCUUUUUGACAGAUGACGCACUGUGUGAGCCUGAAGUACAGCUCUGAGCCCAAUGCUAGUGAAUGAAUCCAGGGCGGAGGCUAGAGCCGGAAGCCAGUUCUGCCUCAGCACUGCCAGGAGCACUGGUCCGGCCCAGCCCCUGAGGAGGCAACUGCCUACCCUCCAGCUCCCCGCCUCCCAAGGGAGCUCAGCCAGACUGCUCUGCUCUCUCCAGGCCAGAUGAACUGGCCCGUUAAUACAAGUUCUUGUUACUAAGACGUGGUUGAAACAAAGUAGUGUGUCAAUAGUGAAGACUUGGGGACGGUCCGCUGCACAUGGAAAAAGCCACUAGCCUGCAUGUCAUUUCUUUAUCCUCCUUUUCCCCACACAUAAACACCCCCUCUCACACCCAAGUCGCUGUGCCAGGCACAUGCCCCAUCUGGCACAGGCCUGCAUUCCUAUCACACCAUCCUGGGCCUCGGGCGGCCGGGGGGGGGGGGAUGUUCACAUUUGUACAGGCCCCAUAAGUUCACACAGCACUGGAUUCCAAAAGUCUUGGCAUCUCGGAGUUUGUCCCCAUGGGAUGAACAGAGGCUCCGAGACCCGUUUUCAGCAGAAGCCCUAAGCAGAGAGUGCGCCCACCUCUGCCCUGUAAUGUGGACUCUGACCAGGAAGUUCUGGGGCCUAAGGCUAGCUUCCGCAUGUGAGUGAGGCCCCUGUCCUCACCUGCCCUUCACAAAGGGCUCACAGG